GCUAUCGUAUACAGUGUAGAGUUAAAACCACACGUGGACCAACACACGAUUUGCAGUUCGUACAGAAAAGUUUGAAAAGUUUGACAACUGGAGCUAACAAACUUUCCCGUGUGUCCAAGAUGGAACCCCAUCUCAAGAAAAUGCCAUACGCGCUUAAUAAAUUUCUUGAUUUGGAAGAGGUUAUGUGCAAGCAGCUUCUGAGCCUGGAUCUCCGGGACGCAUCCAAGCAGUCAACAUUCCCAGUGAGACCUGUUGGUUACAAUAAGCCCUGGACCCUUUGUUCCCUCUCUGCAUCUAGCUCUGCCCUCUCUACUCACUCCACAGAAAGUGCAACCAUGACCUCCAGCCACUGGGGGCAGAACACAGAUGCUUCACUCCCAUCAAGAUUGAAGAUGUCAUUCUGGGCUGAGCGCUCGGUCAGCAUGGUGGAGCCCAGCACGUGCACCCUGGGCUGGGCCUCUACAGAGCCUAAACAGCCCCCAGCCUCCCCUACUGGUGGCCCUGUCUCUGGGUCUCCCACCUCCUCACGCUAUAAGACUGAACUCUGUCGCACCUUUGCUGAGAGUGGCAUCUGUAAGUACGGGGGGAAGUGCCAGUUUGCCCACGGCUUUGAUGAGAUACGUGACCUCAACAGACACCCCAAGUACAAGACGGAGCCUUGUCGCACCUUCCACACCAUUGGCUUCUGUCCUUACGGCAUCCGCUGCCACUUUGUUCAUAACAACGAGGACGACCUGGGCCCUGGUCCUGCCAGACCUGGGCCUGGUCCCCAAACCCCCCGCACCAGACGACCCCCUCUACUUAGGCAGAGCUUCAGCUUCGGAGGCUUCCCCUCCGCCCCUCCACAGCCCCUGGAGCACUCCCUCCCCCACCCCUUCCUCCUCGUGCCUUCAGUCUCCCCUCCCACCUCAGCUGACAUCACCGACCUGCUCUCCCACGCCUUCUCCGAGGUGGACUGUGUCUUUGAGCCGGCCCAUGAACUCCAGUCUCAGUUUCUUCCCUCUCCUGACUCAGGCUGUUCCCUCUGUGGGUUGUCCCCUGUGCCUUCCCCCUCCCAGAACCCCUGUACCUUAUCAGAGGGCUGCAGCCUGCAGCAGAGCCAGAGUCCCCCCUGUGGGCCUGCUCUCAGGGCCAGGAGCCUCUCCUAUACCUCCCUGUCUGACCACGAGGGUGGGUGUGGCAGCUCAGCCAGCAGCCUCAGUGGGUCUGACUCUUCUGGUCCAGAUGGGUCUGGUCGGCGGCUGCCUAUCUUCAGCCAGCUCUCAGUGCCUGACGAGGGCUUCAGCAGCGAGUGCUGCAGCGGCACUAGCUUCUUCCUCUAGGUAGGAUGGUCUCCUCAAACCUUCCUGAACCACUCAGUGCGUAUUUUUUUUUAAAGCACCGUGACUGCAUACUAUUGUGUACCUAAUGUAUUGUACGGGCAGAUGCUUGACACAGAAAUGUGCUUCAGUUAAGCUCAAGCGAAAUUAAGCUGUACAAUUUCGAGGUACAAGUUGACAGCAAGGCAAGGUGCCAGAGUUGUUUGACUGACUGGUUUGGAGAGAGAAAAAUGGUGUAAUCAGUGUUAUUGCCACUGGAAGUCCUCCAUUCCUGCCACCUGCAGUUGUAAGAAGUGAACUAGUCAUGUAAAUGACAGUUUGAGAAGCAAUUCAUGAAUCUUAGAAUGUUAAAAAAGCCAAAGACAAGGACACAAUGCAUCUCUGCCAAGUUAGAUUUCCCCCUAUGAAUGUUGGUUGACUAUUGUGAUAUUUUUUUCUUUAUUGUACACUGUUCUUCUGACUGGGCUUAAGAAAUUGACCUUUUCCAAAAACCCACUUUAGUUAUUUUAUUGACUUUAGUGCCUGUAAACUUUUAGUUUUUUGUUGUUGUUGGAAACUGCAAAUUUCACUGUUAGUUGCAGGGGAACCUUGGAUUUUUUUUCUUCUAUUUUAUAUCAAAGCUUAAAUUGGUUUCAUAACUUUACUUAGCAAGGUGGCUUGUGAGAAUUAAUAAUUGUUUUCUCACUUGUUUCUGUAAUCUCUGCAAAUGUUUGAAGUUGUAUGUAGAUGUUCUGAAGACGCACCAAGAGUACAGUGUGUAUCCCUUGUGUGGUAGACUGCAUGUAAUCCCUGAUUAGCAGAAAAAUACAUGUAAAUGGCAAAGUGAUAUGAUUAAACUGGGUUGCCGUUAAUCUGAUUCUAUUGAGUUGGACCUAAACGGCACCUGGUUCAGUAGAUUGAAUUGUAGUCUUUCUAGAAGUCCUUGGAGAUCUAAUGGUAGAUGGUUUGUAUCUGAGAUGUUUUGGUAGUUGGUUCUGAGAGCGGAUGCUUUUUUUGCAUUCCAUUGUAUUUAAAUACCUUUUUGACCAACAUGUUUCAAGCUUCUUUAGUAAAUUAAGUUUAAUUUAUUUUAACGUAUUUAUAGAACUUUUUGAGUUUGUAUUAAGUUUAAUAUAUUUUUUUGUUGUACUGGAAAUAAACUUUUUUUAAACAAUGUUUGUUUA